UCUUAUCUCUCUUGAUAGGCACCACCCAACAGCCCUAUUGUCUUCUACCCCCGUCAAAAGUGGAAACCCGCCGUUUCUGGCCACCCACCUUCUUCAUCAAUGACUCUUGCCCGACUCCGAGAUAUGCGUCGAUGAGAACUGCCGGGUUAUCGUGGCAUCUUCGCGGCUCUUCUUGCUUUCGAGGAAACAAUACUUUGCGUUUGGAGGGCCUUUGUCACCAAGGCGUUUUUCCUUCUCAAGUUCUGUCUAUACAAGGAUCGGACCCGCUGCGCUUUGUCACCUACUCAUUACCGUCCUUAUACUCUGCAAGCCUUCUCAUGGUCACAAGAACCACCAGUCCUAGGACGCACACUCACCAGAAUGUCAUCGUAUACAAGACCUCCGAGCCACAGCGCCAUCCAAGCGAUUUUCGAGCGGAUUGACGCUAACUCGGCGGCGGGGCGUAGUCCCAUCCUCUACGAGGAUGAAAUUCGGCGUCAUAUAGGCGCAAGGGUGCGGGGUGUGGGCGAGCGGUUGCUUCGAAUGGAGGGGGCAGACGUGGAGUUCCGCAGCGGCUGCAUUACUGCACGCAACAUCGGCGACCGGCCGAUCAUCGAGGCCAUUCUCAUCCAAUCGAGAGGCGUCCCACCGGUGCAGCCCUGCAAUUGUUGUAGGAACAAUCGUUCCCAGCGCACGUUCCCCAUGUGCCUCCAUGUGCCUGAUCCCCUGACGUUCCAGGGCAUCUGCGGCAACUGCAAGGCCUCGGGUCGGCCGUCUAGGAACUGCGACGCCAUGAGCUCUUUCUUUGAGAUGGAACAACACCAAGCACACAUGGUUCAGACAUUGCAAGGCCCGGCGGACGAGGGCAAUGCUUCCCAGCUUCCGAACGGCCUUCCGAACGGUCUCCCAGACGGCGGUUCACAAUCGGACUAUUAGCUUCUGGAUAUCGACCACCCGAAACAACUUCCACCUUCGAAUUGUAUAUAAU